AUGGAGUUUGACACGAAGAUAUACGUGGGAGGGUUGCCUUGGAAAACAAGAAAGGAAGGCUUGAUAAGCUUCUUCGAACCUUUUGGAGAAAUUAUCCAUGCGAACGUGGUUUGCGAUCGAGAAACAGGCCGAUCUCAAGGUUUUGGCUUUGUUACAUUUAAAGAUGCUAAAUCUGCAAAGAGGGCUUGCAAGGAUCCAAAUCCGAAAAUUUACGGACGAGUAGCCAAUUGCAACCUUGCUUAUCAUGGUGCUAGGGUUCCCAAUAACCAACCAAUCCAAUACGGUUAUUAA